AUGACACCCCUCCCGGUUGGUUUUUCCGCUCUGACGUCACAGAGCAAGAUGGCGGCGGUCUGGCGAUCAGCGGAGGUUCUGAGAGGGAAAGAGUCCUCCUUGGUUCUGCGGUCUUGCUUCCACAGGUCCUCAGGUCUUCGGUCUGGUUCAAGUUCACCGUCCAGGUUCUUCCCCACAGCUGAAGGUAUGAUGCUGCCAGCUGGAAGCUUCAACAACAGAGUGGCCUUCAUCACAGGGGGUGGGACGGGUCUUGGCCGGGCCAUGACCUCCAUCCUGUCCCAACUUGGAGCCCAGUGUGUCAUCGCCAGCAGGAAGUUGGACGUCCUACAGAAAACAGCUGAAGAGAUCAGCAGCCAGACUGGAAACAAGAUCCAUGCAGUUCAGUGUGACGUCAGAGACCCCCAGGCCAUCUCUCAAUGUGUUGACCAGAUGGAGUCUCUGACUGGCCUUCCUGAUGUUAUCAUCAACAAUGCGGCAGGAAACUUCAUCUGUCCAUCAGAACGCCUGACUCCGAACGGCUGGAGGAGCAUCACGGACAUCGUCCUAAACGGGACAGCAUUCAUCACUCUGGAGCUGGGAAAAAGACUGAUCCAGAACCAGAAAGGAUCCUCUUUUCUGGCCAUCACCACCAUCUACGCUGAGUCCGGUUCUGGUUUUGUAGUUCCGAGUGCAUCAGCAAAGGCUGGAGUUGAGGCGCUCUACAAGUCUCUGGCUGCAGAAUGGGGUCGCUAUGGCCACAGGUUCAACAUUAUCCAACCUGGACCAAUCAAAACGAAGGGGGCCUUUAGUCGUCUAGAUCCAACCGGAACCUUUGAGAAGUCCAUGAUCGAUCGAAUCCCAGCAGGCCGGCUUGGAACGUCAGCAGAACUUGCAAAUCUGGCGGCUUACCUGAGCAGUGACUACGCCACUUGGAUGUCUGGAGCCGUGAUCCGGUUUGAUGGAGGAGAGUAUGUCUCGAUGGCAGGAGAGUUUAAUGAACUUCGUAAAGUGACUCCAGAUCAGUGGAAGAUAAUGGAGGCCAUGAUCAGAAGCACUAAAGGAUCCUAACAACUCUCACAUUGGACCACAACAGCCAAUCAAAUCACUGUGCUUUGGACUCCUCUCCCUGAUUUCAGAAUGACUGAUGAUUGCCAUUAUGUCAUAUUUUAAAAAAUGAUUGAUCAGCCAGCUCAA